AUGCGCUUCGUUCUCAAGCCCCUGCUCGCCCUGCUCGCAACUACGUACGCAAACGACCUCUUCUCCCUGCUCUCGGCCUGCGAGAACGUGACCAUCGAGUCCGUCGAGUCGCGGGGCUUCAGCUGCUUGAGCGUGGACAGCGGCGCCGUGGCGGCGGGCGACGACGCGGCGGCGACGCCGGUCUGCGAGGACACGAAGGCGUGGACCGACGGCUCGAACGGGUGCGCGGCGUACGCGCGGGCCGAGGCCGACGGCGAGAAAUGGUGCGAACGAUUCGGCGCGCGCGGCGCGGGCGCCGACUCGGCGGCGGAGCACUGCUGCGCGUGCGGCGGCGGCACACUCAAGCCCUACCGCUUCGGCGUCGGCGACGCGAUCCGGUUCCGCGAGCACGUCGACGGCGACGGCACGGGCGACGUGUACCGGCACGGGCGCUUGGUCGACGGCGUCGUCGUGGCCGUGCGGCCCACGCCCGACUACGCGUACUCGGCGCGCAUCAACCGUCGCUUCCCGCUCGUCUUCCUCGCCGAGGAGGCGCACGCCGCGGCGCCGCCGCCGUCGCGCGACGGCCUCCUGCUCCUCCCCUGCGACGCGACGGACGCGUCCGAGCGCGCGGAGCGGCUCUGGCGGCCGUCGGCGUUCGAGUCGGCCGAAGGCGAGACCCUGGUGAUCCUCGAGCACGCGGUCUCGGGCGCGCGCAUCAGCGCGGACUUUGGCGACGAAAAGUUCGCGAAGAAGCAAUCGCUCAAGUUUCCCGGCGAGGUGCGUGCGCCCGACGAGCCGCCCGCCUUCGGCGGCGACGUCCUCCGGCUCCGGAACGCGUUCGACGCCGGCGUGCCCGCCUGGGCCGACGUCGUGAACAUCGGGCGCCGACCGAGCACGAGGAGACACGCGCGGCCGCAUUGUUUGACGAGCGCCGCGUUCGGCAAGCCGUCGUACGACAAGCCCGAGUGGACGGAGUGCGGCGAGGAGCCCGGCGCCGCCGACGCGUCCAAGGGGCUGCCGGCGACGAUGUGGCGACUCGCGUGCGCGGACGACGACGCGCGCUACGAGGGCGACGCGGCCCUCGCGCGCAUCGUCGACCUCCUGUCGCGGCCCGCGCGCGCGAUCGCCGCGAUGGCGCCGUGGGCCGUGCUCGGAGUCGCGCGAGCGGCGAGCGCCAAGGACUGCAAGGCCGCCUUCCGCAAAAUGGGCCGCGUCCUGCACCCGGACAAGCGCGGCGCGCUCGCGUCCAAGAUCGACGACCCGGAGGCCCUCGCGCGCGCGGACGACCUCUUCCGCGCGGCCCAGGACGCCUACGACGGGCUGAAGAACUCGGACGAGCAGGCGCGGGAACGCUUCCGCCUCGACGAGGAGACCGACGACGGCCUCUUCGGGUCCUCGCGCGAUGUGUUCGAACUGACGACGCCCGGCGAUAUUACCGUCGAGGACGACGGCGCCGUCCGCCUCGCCGUGACCGACACCACGACGCUCUGGGUGAUUUUUCUGUACAAUCCGGGAUGCAUGAUGUCGCGGACCGUCGCGCCUCUCGUCGAACUCGGCGCGCGCGCCGUCAAGGCCGGCCCGCAUCCGGCGGACGUGGACGUCAAGUUCGGCGCGUUCGCGUGCGGCCACCACGCCGAGGCGGGGGGCAGCUUCCAGCGCAAGGGCUACGCGGCCGUUUUCGAGGACGCCGUCUGCAAGAGCGUCGAGCCGGGCUUCUCCGAGACGCCGCGCAUCGGCUCCCUCGUCGAAAACGGGGGCACGCCCGCCUGGGACGCGUGGCGCCAGUCGUUCGGGCGCGUGACGAUCGAGGCGACGCUGGACAACAUUCCGGCGAGACUCGCGGCCUUCGCGCGCCAGUCGGCGCGCCUGGUCGCGUCCGCGGCGACGCUCGAAAGGGCCGAGGACGCCGAGGCCUUCGCGGAGUUCCAAACGACGAACCUGAACAAAACGCGCGCGAUCCUCUUCGUCGACGGCGCGAGCCCGCAUGCCUCGGCCGUGGAGAUGGCGCUCGCGUCGCGGGCGCGGAGCCUGCGGCACGCGGGCGCGGCCGUCCUCGUCGCCGAGUGCGAGGCGGACGAGAACUGCGACGCGGACGAAACGCCGCAGAUCAAGAUCUACGGCCCCGAGUCCCUCGGCGGCCGGUCGCUCGUCGACGAGCCCCUGGCGGACCUCCGCGACGCGCAGGUCGCCGUCUCGGCGGCCGCCGCGUUCGCGACGGCCGUCUCGAAGACCGACGGGUCGCUGACCGACGACACGGAGACCUUCACGCCCGAGGACGACUUGCCGCGGGAGCAGUCCGGCGGCGGCGGCGGCGGCGCGGCGCCGCCGGACCCGACGUGCGAGCUCGGCGCGCCGGACCCCCGGAACAUCGGCGCGCCGCCGACGGCCGCGCCGCGCGACGUCGAGCCGCCCAAGCUCGAGCCCCCGAAGCUGUCGAAGCGCAACGCCGGCCAGGACACGUGGGCCAACGCGGGCGCCAAGAACACGGGCGCGCGCGGGCUCUACGGCGGGAAGCCCAUGGGCGGCAUCGGGAUGGGCGGCACGGCCCGGAUCCGGCACUAA